CACCAAAUAUUGCAAACUAUAUAAUGGAGGUUACUGAUUUUUGAUGCUCCUUCAUGAGCUAUAUGGUUUUUCACACCAUUCUUCUCUGGCUCCUCACACCUUAAUGCUGUAAUUCUUCUCUCCUUUUAUCCCAAUAUCUCCACAGACAUACCCUCCUCCCUCUUUCUCUCUCAUUUGGUGCACUAAAACAAGAAGCGAAGGCUAUUGGGGAGAGGGGUAGAUACAUGCUUUGAGGGUUUGGCUUUGCUCUCCUCUUUCUCUCUGUAAAAAACACACCUGAAUUUUCUCCGACCCUUGUUCAGCUCUGUCUCCUCUCUCCCUCGCUUACUCUCUCAUCGAUCAAAAGCUCUAUUUGCAGCUUCUAGAAAGCAAUUCUAUAAAAGGUAUAUGAUUUUGUUGGAAAGCUUGAAGAUUUAAGGGUAUCCACAUAGCCUCAGCUCGCAGGUUUGACAGAAACCAUAUAAUUCCUUUUGUGUAAUGCAUUUAGGAUACCAGAUUUCGUUGGGUGUUUGGAAUCGGUAGACUUGGAUUGUUGUAUGUUGUGAACCUUUUAAUUCUGUUUACUACAUAUACAAUUACUUUCUUGUCUGAGCAUUAGGGUUUUUGGGGCGAACAGUAUUGGUUUCUGGGCUUGUCAUGUUCUUCUCCCUACUGGUUUUAGAACUUGGGAUUUGAGUUUAAAGGUUACAUGUCUCUGGGUCUGUGCGUUUUUCUUCACUGGUCAUAAGAUUUGGGUAUUGUGUAGUUGAAUGGUUUUGGACUAUUGGUUUCUGGGUCUGUGUAUAUUGAUUGAGAUAUGAGUCGUAGGGUGCGGCGGAAGGUGGCUAGGAAGGGGAAGGAGAAGGUGGUUUUGCCUUGUUAUCCAGAAAUUGAGGAAGAAGUUUCAGGUUCAGUGCAAAAUUGGAUUGUUGAUUGGACUAGUUUGCCAGAUGAUACAGUAAUCCAGUUGUUUUCGUGUCUGAACUAUCGUGAUCGGGCAAGCUUAUCAUCAACUUGCAAAACAUGGAGAGUUCUUGGAAUUUCUCCGUGUUUGUGGACCUCUUUGGAUCUUAGGGCACACAAAUGCAAUGAUGCCAUGGCAGCUUCACUUGCUGCAAGAUGUGUGAAUCUUCAGAAGCUUAGGUUUCGGGGAGCAGAAUCUGCUGAUGCAAUAUUGCAUCUUCAGGCCAGGAAUUUACGUGAAAUAAGUGGUGAUUACUGCAGAAAAAUAACUGAUGCUACACUUUCUGUGAUUGUGGCUCGGCACGAGGCACUUGAAAGCCUCCAGCUUGGGCCAGAUUUCUGUGAAAGGAUCAGCAGUGAUGCUAUAAAAGCAAUAGCUAUUUGCUGUCCUAAAUUGAAAAAGCUUCGACUUUCGGGAAUUAGGGAUGUUCAUGCUGAUGCUAUUAUUGCUUUAACUAAGCAUUGUCAAAAUUUGACUGAUAUCGGGUUCAUAGACUGUCUGAACAUUGACGAGAUGGCAUUGGGAAAUGUUUUAUCAGUUCGUUUUCUCUCUGUAGCAGGGACGUCAAAUAUGAAAUGGGGUGUGGUUUCACAUCUUUGGCAUAAGUUGCCUAACUUGACUGGGCUAGAUGUUUCAAGAACUGAUAUUGGUUCGGCUGCUGUUUCACGGUUAUUAUCAUCAUCACAGAGCUUGAAGGUUUUAUGUGCCUUGAAUUGUCCUGUGCUUGAAGAAGACACCAACUUUGCUUCUCGUAAAUAUAAAAAUAAAUUGUUACUUGCCUGCUUUACAGAAAUUAUGGAAGAAAUAGCUUUUUUAUUAGUCGACAUUACAAAGAAAGGGAAGAAUGUGUUUUUGGAUUGGAGGAAUUCAAAGAACAAGGAUAAGAACUUGGAUGACAUAAUGACUUGGAUUGAGUGGAUUCUCUCUCAUACUCUUUUGCGCAUUGCCGAGAGCAAUCAACAGGGUUUAGAUGAUUUUUGGCCCAAGCAAGGCGCAUCAUUGUUGCUCAAUUUAAUGCAAAGCUCACAAGAGGAUGUUCAAGAAAGGGCAGCUACAGGACUUGCAACUUUUGUUGUUAUUGAUGAUGAAAAUGCUAGCAUAGAUUGCAGGAGGGCUGAAGCGGUUAUGCGGGAUGGUGGCAUACGCCUUCUCCUAAACCUAGCAAAAUCUUGGAGGGAAGGGCUCCAGUCAGAGGCUGCUAAGGCUAUAGCAAACUUGUCUGUUAAUGCCAAUGUUGCAAAAGCUGUUGCUGAGGAAGGAGGAAUCAAUAUUCUCGCUGGUUUGGCAAGGUCUAUGAACAGGCUGGUUGCAGAAGAGGCUGCUGGAGGACUCUGGAAUCUUUCUGUUGGAGAAGAGCACAAGGGUGCCAUUGCGGAGGCCGGUGGAGUAAAAGCUUUAGUUGAUCUUAUCUUCAAAUGGUCCUCUGGUGGUGAUGGAGUUCUGGAACGUGCAGCUGGUGCACUGGCGAAUUUAGCUGCUGAUGACAAGUGUAGCACAGAGGUUGCUGUGGCAGGUGGUGUGCAGGCUUUGGUGAUGCUUGCUCGUAACUGCAAGUUUGAGGGAGUGCAAGAGCAGGCUGCCCGUGCCUUGGCGAAUUUGGCUGCUCAUGGAGAUAGUAAUAGUAAUAAUGCUGCAGUUGGACAAGAGGCAGGUGCUCUUGAAGCACUAGUUCAGCUUACACAAUCUCCUCAUGAAGGUGUCAGGCAAGAGGCAGCUGGUGCAUUGUGGAAUCUAUCGUUCGAUGACAGAAACCGAGAAGCAAUUGCUGCAGCUGGUGGUGUUGAGGCCUUGGUUGCUCUUGCACAAGGCUGCUCAAACGCCUCCCCAGGUCUUCAAGAAAGGGCUGCUGGUGCUCUUUGGGGAUUGUCAGUGUCAGAAGCCAAUAGCAUUGCCAUUGGACGGGAAGGAGGUGUUGUGCCUUUGAUUGCAUUGGCACGUUCUGAAGCUGCAGAUGUCCAUGAAACAGCUGCAGGUGCUCUUUGGAAUCUUGCUUUUAACCCUGGUAAUGCUCUCCGUAUUGUGGAAGAAGGAGGUGUUCCUGCUCUUGUUAAUCUUUGUUCUUCAUCGGUGUCAAAAAUGGCUCGCUUCAUGGCUGCAUUGGCAUUGGCGUACAUGUUUGAUGGCAGAAUGGAUGAAUUUGCCUUGAUAGGGACUUCAUCAGAAAGCAUCUCAAAGAGUGUGAGCUUAGAUGGCUCUAGAAGGAUGGCUCUUAAGCACAUUGAGGCCUUUGUCCUCACAUUUUCUGAUCAACAAACGUUUUCUGCUGCUGCAGCAUCAUCAGCCCCUGCAGCAUUGGCACAAGUGACCGAAGGUGCUCGUAUUCAAGAAGCAGGACAUCUGAGAUGCAGCGGGGCUGAAAUUGGAAGAUUUGUUACCAUGCUGCGGAAUCCAUCAUCUGUUCUCAAGGCAUGUGCUGCAUUUGCUCUUCUUCAGUUUACCAUUCCUGGUGGCCGGCAUGCCAUGCACCAUGCCAGCCUUAUGCAGAAUGCAGGAGCAGCACGUGUUCUGCGGGCUGCAGCUGCUGCGGCAACUGCUCCGCUUGAAGCCAAAAUCUUUGCUAGAAUUGUGCUUCGCAAUCUUGAGCAUCACCAUAUAGAACCAUCACUCUAAUUCAUCUGUCAGCAAAACAUCUCCGUUUAGGGUUGUUGAUGGAGGCUGAUUUAAUGCUUUGUUAUGAGCUUCCGUGGACAGCAGGAUGUCGCACCACAAGGAUGCAUGCUGUUCUCUGUAAUCUUUCAUGUAAAAGAACUAAACCUUGCCCUGACAGCAAAUCAGCUUGAUCUUCAUUUUUUCUUCUGUCCCCCAUUUCUGAGGCAUAAAGAUGGUUAAUUUAGGCUCAAGUAACCCACCCCCUUUGUACCAAAUCAUAUAAGGAAAAAAAAAAGUUUGUUUAGAUGGGGGAUUAGUUUAAGCACUUGUAUCCUUAACCAUUUUCAAUUUUUGUUCGUAUUCUUUGUGAUGAUGUCUCCUAUAUAGUGAUAUAUAUUAAAGCUGUUUGAGACUCGUCCUGGCAACAAUCUGGUGAAAAACUGCAUUAGUUGAUCCUCUGUCCAUUUCUUUUUAGUUGCAGCUUUGAAGAAAUGGACUAAUAAUCUAAGAAUGUUUUUUU